AUGGCUCGUCGACGUCGCUGCCGUCAAUCGCCUUGCCGCGAAAUGACUUUGAUGCCGGCACUUGGCGAAUGCAUGCGCACCACGGCCGCUCGCUCGUCGACGCGGGUAAGCUUAUCGCGACGUCACCCGCUGGCGCUUCGCGAGGCGGAAGAGGACGACGAGGGUCCCGUGAGGACUGUGCUGCGCAGCCGCCGUCGCGGCCUCCUGGUGUCAGCAGCCGCUGACAGGGCACGGCACAAGUCCCGUCCCGUCCCACCCAACCCGUCUCGGGGACCGCGCAGCGUCCUGCAUGCGGUACGCGAGCUCGUCCUCGUUCCUCUCGCCGCACUCCUCGCGCUCGUACGCCUAAGCCAACCGUUCGGUCGUGUCAUGAGUCGGAGGACCAGCGCGCGGUCGCGGACGGGGUUGGUUGCUUUGGCGCCUGCCUUCGAACGUCGAAUCCAUCCCUGGUUUCACCUCGCUCGAGACGAUGGGCAACGUCCGUCGAGCCUCGCCUUGCCCUGUGCCACCGGGCAGAUAAUAUGCGUCCGCCCGCCAGCCUGCCCGCCCCGCCAGUCCGCCCGCCUGCCUGCCUGCAUGUCGACCAGUCUGCCCGUCCGUCCGCCUGCCUCUCCGCCCGCCUGCCCGCCUGCCUACCUGCGUGCCCUCGUUCUCGGUCGGCAACGGCUGCUCCUCCUCGCCCUCCGUGCUUCUCCGGUCCCUUCGGCCACCCCGCUCCAUAGCAUGCCGCCCGGACAGCAGGGCGAUCACGGCCUACGUCUGGGCCGCCUCCCCAACGAGCUCGUAUCUCGCCUUCAGCUCUUCGCGGGUCUCAUCCUGACCGUCGUCGCCUGCGUCCUCGCCGUCAUCCGCUUCUACGUGCUCGAUCUCGUCAUACCCAAGGUCUACUCGGCCCGAACCCUCGAGCCGCUCAACGACGGCCAGCGGCGCGGCUUCGUCAACCACCACGUCGCCGCCGGCACCAAGAUAUUCCUCAUCAUCAUCACCUGCUACCCCCUGCUCGCCGUGCUCUCGGGCGGCGCGACGCCCCAGACCCCCUUCGCGCCGGGCAUGAGGACGACGCUCGGCGACGUCCUCGUCGUGUCCGCUCAGGUCUUCACCGCCAUGUACAUCUUCGAGCUCUUCUACCGCGAGAAGAUCUCGCCCAUCGGCUGCGCCCACCACGUCGGCGCCAUCGUCAUCGCCCAGACGGCCCUGGCCAUGAACGUCAACUUCGACAAGGAGCCCGACAGCAUUUACGAGCUCCUUCUCUGCUUCAUCUGGGGUACCGACCAUCCAUCGUCCCCCGCUUUCCGCGCCUUCGACGUCGUCGCCGAGCUGUGGCCGCACGUGGCCAUGAUCGUCUACCGCAUCCACACCCCGAAGCACCUGCUGCUCGCCCGCACAUUCUACGCCACCAUGGCCCUGGAGCUUGUCGGCACGACGGUCGAGACGGCCGUCGUCAUGUGGAUAUUCGGAAGCCUCUGGGACCGAUGGUCGCUCUCGCUCAAGAUCGCCACGCCCAUCCUGCACACGCUCUUCUCCGCCGCCCAGCUCUGGAGCGCGAGGAUAUUUUACAAGCUGGCCAGGGAGCAGCGGACGAAGCACCUGUACGAGUAG